AUGUAUAAGAAUAUUAAAGACAAUACUGAAACUAAAAUUGGUGGAGAAAAUGAAAAAGUUAUAAUUAGAUUAAAAAGAAAAAUAGAAGAAACCACUAUUCCAUCGAUUUUUGUAAAAAAAUCAAAUAAAAGAAUAUGCAAUGGAAUAUUUUAUAAACACAUUGAUACUAUACUUCCAGAAGAAGUAGAUACGGAUAAAAAAAAUAUUGAUUGUAUUAAUUUAUUUUUAAAAUAUGAACAAUUAAAUUGUAACACUGAUUUUCUUUUUUUAGAGAAAAAGAGAAAAUUUAACUCCUUAAAAAAUUAUGAAAAAGAUUUAAAGAGUACCAUAAAUAAUUUAAAAAAAUAUAAAAUAAUUAAUCAAAAUAUUCAGUAUAUUGAUUUAUAUGGAGAUAAAAAAGAAAAAUUUAAAAUAAUUGAUAUAGAUUUACAUAAAAAUAUAAAAGACAAUAUUGGAAGUAUAGAAAAUGAAAAAAGUAAGGAAAAUGAAUAUAAAAAAGAACAAGAUUACGAAUAUGACUUAUAUUUUUUGGAUAACGAAAAAUUACAGUUAGAAAAUUAUAUGGAUUAUUUAUAUGAUAUUAAAAAUAAGAACAUUGAUGCAUCAGAAGUAGUAGUGUUAGAAGACAAUUAUGGUAAUAACACGGAUGAGUAUGAAAUAUAUUCAUAUACAUCUUCUUUUGAUAGCAAUUCAAAAAAGGAAAUAUCAGAUUAUCCUGAUGAGAGCUCAAGUAAUAGAAAUCGUGAAAGUGAUUGUAGUGAUUAUUUUAAUGAAAACAUUUAUAAUUGUGAUUAUGAUAAAAAUAUAAAUAGCGAUUAUUAUGAUCAAAAUAUAAAUAGUGAUGAUAAUGAUAGAAUUACAUAUAGCGAUUAUUUUAAUGAGAAUAAUUAUAGUGAUGAAUAUGAUAAAAGCAUAAACAGUGAGAAAUACGAUAUAAAUAUGAUUGAUAAUGGUAAACAUGAAUAUCUUAGAAAUAAUGAAAGUUAUAUAUACAAAAAUAAUUCUGUGGAAAAUAAUAUUUGUAAACAUAAUUUCAAAAAAAAAAUUGAAAACGAAAUCAGUACUAAUAAAAAGGAAAUGAAUUCUUUAGUUUUUGAAGAAAAUAUAAAAGAUGAACUACAAAAGCGUUUAAAAAGAAAAAAUGAAAAUUUAUUAAAUGCAGCAUUAUCAGAUAAAUUAAAAAUUUUAGAGCAAAUGGAAAAUGAAUAUUAUAAUAAAUAA